AUGGGGCGCGUCGCGGCGGAACUGGCAAAAGCGGGGGUGGCGGUCGGAAUGGUGACGAGUCAGGUGAAGGCGGAGCGGAGGGCGGAGCGCAAAGUGCGGCUGAGUCCGGCGGUUAGUCGGCUGGUCAGCGGCGCCGUCGCCGGUGGCGUGUCGCGAACAGCGACGGCGCCGCUGGAGACGAUUCGGACGCACAUGAUGUGCGGGCGGGGCGGGCUGGCGGCCAAUGGGAGCAUGACAGCUGUCUUUCAGUGGGUGCUGCGCACGGAGGGGUGGACGGGGCUGUUCCGCGGCAACGCCAUCAACGUGCUCCGCGUCGCGCCUAGCAAGGCCAUCGAGAUGCUCACAUACGAUACAGUCAAACGCUUCCUCACGCCCAAAGAAGGCCGCCCGUCCAUCAUCCCGCGCCAGCUCCCCAUCCCGAUCUCCUCCAUCGCUGGCUCAUCCGCCGGCAUCGCCUCGUGUCUCCUCACCUACCCGCUCGAGCUCGUGAAGACGCGCCUCACAGUCAACCCCGACAUGUACCGCGGCGUGCUGCAUGCGUUCCACAAGAUCAUCAGAGAGCAAGGGGUGGGGGAGCUGUACCGCGGCGUGGCGCCCAGCGUGGUGGGCAUGAUUCCCUACGCCGGCGCGAAUUUUUAUGCGUAUGAUACGCUGUGCACGGCGUAUAGACGGGCGAGGGGGAGGGAGGAGAUUGAGCCGCUGAUGACGCUCGUGAUUGGGUCCACAGCUGGGUGCUUUGCAGCUGCUUCAACAUUUCCCUUGGAAGUCGCGCGGAAACAUCUUCAGAUGGGGGCGACGGGCGGCAGGGUGGCAUACACAGGCAUGCUGCAGUGCAUGAGGAGCAUAGUGAGGGAGCAGGGCAUCAAGGGGCUGUACCGGGGGGUGGUGCCGUCGUGUGCCAAGAUGAUGCCGGCUGCUGGCAUCUCCUUCAUGUGCUACGAGGUGCUCAAGCGCGUGCUUAUAGAGGAUGAAAAGGUUCGAUAG